UAGGUAUGACACAUGACGCCAUUUUGUCAUCGUACAUUGGUGGUCAUGAAAUAAAAUUGAAUUUUCAAAUUUCCCUGCAGAAAAGGUUGUAUUGAAAAAGAAAUUGAAAAUAACAUUUUGUAAACAACUGUAACCCACUGAUUAAUUCUGCCAAAUUUCGUUGCAAAAGAAGUUUUUUACAUAUUUUCCUGUUUAUCUGAAAAGGUCCGAUCAGCGAGUAUUGAAUUUCUUCCCGACGUCACGGUAAAAAAUUUGCGUUUGUUGAUAAAAAGGGUGAAUUUCAUGGCUUCGCCGGUAAAUGAGCCAGUCGUCAUUUGCAUAUAAUCUAUGGUCCAUUUAAAAGCGGCAGUUUCGUAUUUUGAGAUGAUAUAUUUUUCUUUAAAGAAAAUUUAUUUUUUACGGUAAAAAAAUAUAUUUAAAGUCUUAAUUUGAGUUUUACAAAAGGUUCCCAAUUAGUUUAAUAUUUGAAAAAUGUAUCAUUAGAAAGCUGAGAAUUUUUUCUUCAAAAUACAGUUGAAAGUUCGAAACUAACGAAAUUGGCUCAUUUGCCGGUCAUGACCUUUGUACUCUUCCGUUACUAACGACGCCACAAAAGUAAACGUUACGUCAAACGUCAAAAAUUUUCAGAAAAAAAAUGGAACGUCAACAAUUAAUGGACUUGAGUGACUGGAAUGAGGAAUUUUUACAUGAUUUGAUCAACAAAAAGAUAAAAGCAGGAAUACAGUCAAUCACAAAUGUACAAUAUGCCCUACUUUUCACGAUGGUGCAGGAAAUGGAGUGUCCUAUAUAUGCAACCCUUGAAGAUGUAUUACGUUAUGCCAUGCCUGCUGUUACAGUACCAAAAAAAUGGGCCAAUGUCACCAGAAGUGUAAUGAACAAUGUGAAUAAAAACAUAAAUUUAAAGAAUAUUGUUUAUCAGUUAACUCCUCAAGAAAAGCCUACAACUAUUAAUAAUGAAAGUAUAGGAAAUGUUUGUGAUGCAUUAGGUAUACGCCGGUCAACUCUGCUCCAUCCACCGGAAAAUUUAUCAAGUACUCUUUUAACUGUGAAAGCUUUCCAUGAAAUCUGUCUUUUCAAAAACCGGUAUUCCUAUACAUGGUCAGAUGUGGCUGAAUGGACCAACAAUAUGUUGUCAGAAGGCAUGCUUGUGAACAAACAUAAAGUUCUAUAUUUAUACAAGAAAAUUAAUGACAAUUUUCAAAGUUACAUGAAAAAUAGACAAAAUGAAGAUCUUGACACUUUUAAAUCAUCCAAAUUCUUUAAGUUUCUUAAUAGUACUUUACAACCAAAAUUACAAACAGAUAUGAAGAAAAAUGAUAGAUCAUUAAAAAGGCAGUGUUUAAAACUUGUAGCAAAUCAGAGAGAAGUUUUGACUGAAAAUCAAGAGUUGUGUUUUGAAAAUGAAGUGUUAAAAGAACAAAUUGUUGAACAAAAGAAAAACAUCAGGAAUAAUGAAUCUGAAUCAGUGAAAAGAAACCAGGAACUUAGAAAACUAAGGUUGACAAAGGAGGCAAAUGUAAACUUAAAAGAAGAAAAUAAAUCUUUAAAAGAAAAUUUGACUUCUUUGAAAAAGGAAAAUUUUUGUAAGAGAUUAAGGCGAAAACAGAAAAAGCUUGAAAAGAAAGAAAGAAAAAUAAUAGAGAAGAAUAAAGCUUUAAACAGAGAAAACAGUGGUCUAAAUGCAAGAAUAAGAGCUAUUGAAUCAGAUUUUGCCAAAAAAAAGAAUGAAAAAAAAAUAAAAAUUCACAGAUUGUCAAACCGAUUAUCUCAUGCGAAGAAAUUUAAUAUCAAACUCAAACAGAAAUUACACAGCCAAAAUGUUGAUUUAGAAAAUAAAAAAAUUGAAACAUUAAAUCUAAAGAGAGAGUUAAGUGUUGCAAAUGAUCAGUUAGAUAUAAUUGAGGCAGAAAAUCAAAAUAAAAAAGUAUCUACAAAGGAAGGUUUCAGAUACACUGAUAGCAUGCGAACAUGCAUUAUGGAUCUCCAUGGCAGUGAUAUUUCUGCAAACAAAAUUUCUAAAGUUAUAAAUAUUGUAAGCAACAACUUGUUUGACUCUGUACCAUCAGAUUUGCCAUGUAGAUCGACAAUUUCAAAUAUAUGUGAUGAAGGACAUGUUUUAGCUAAACAUCAUGUGAGUGAAACAUUGGCUAACUGUCAGCAAUUUGACAUUUUCUCAGAUGGCACCGGUCGUGAAGGAAAAAAAAUAAUAGAUUUAGGAGUACAUACAAAAACCGGUACAUUAUCAUUAGGAUAUAAAUCAGUGGCAAGGGAGGAUUCAGAUACUGUUGCUCAAACAAUUAAAGACUCUUUAAAUGAGUUUGCUGAUCUUCAAAGCAUAUCUAUUAAUAAAUUAUUGUUGCAACUUACAGCUAUGAUGAGUGAUCGUUCAAGCGUGAUGAAAAAAACAAAUGAAAUUAUUGAUGAAUGGAGAAAAUUAAAAUUGACAGAAGAUUUAAAUGAGAACGACAUAUCAAAACUUAAUUUCUUUUAUUGCAGUGCACAUGUACUUUUAGGCUUCCACAAUGAAAUAACAAAAUCACUUAAAGAAUUAGCAAAACAAACUCCACCUAUUGGAAGAGAUUCAUUGCCAAAAUUUGCUCGUUUCAAACACAAUUCUGAGCCAUCAUCCAUCAGAUUAAUUCGUAUGGCUUCAGAAGUUUUAGGUCCAAGGGGUGACGAGAAGAACGGUGCAAGACAGGAGUGGCUUGCUUUUUUAGCUCUAAAACAAAAAUCUUCCAUGAUUAUAAAUUACAGGGGGAAUAGGUUCAACAAUUUGUUUACAGGUGCUGUUUCUAUUUUGAACCAUUCUGAAGACAUAAUUGACUUUAUUUCGAACUAUAGAGAAAACCCAAAUGAUAAAUUGCAAUCUGUUCUUGCUGACAUUAAAUGUCCUGAUGUUCUCUCCCAUGUUUCCGCCAUUGCCAUAGCAUCUAUGAUUUUAGCUGAACCAUUCUGGAAUGUAAUUAACAGUGAUGAACAUUACUUAGAUCUCUACAAAUUUAUUAUACCUUUACGAGAUAGAUUGGUUGAUUGGAGCUCAAAUGAUUUCAAUGUUUUUGAUUUUAAUUAUGACGAAAUUCCUAGUUUGUAUGAACAAUAUCCACAUGACAUAAUUCAACAGGUAUUCAACAAGGCAAAGAUACAUCCUAAAACUAAUGACAUUCUUAAAAUUAUAUGUUCAUCCAUGUUGACAAUUGUAAAAAGACAACUUAAUGACCACCUUGAAAAUGGAGUAUAUGGAUCGCUCCCUGAUCCAGAUCUGAAAUCAAGAACAUCACAUAGCAAGUUAACAAAUAUACCCGCGGAAAAUUUGUUUGGAGAUCUAGACUUUUAUUUCAAAAGAAAACCAAAUGCAACUUUAAGACAUCAUUCUGCAAUAAGUAUGCUCAAACGAAAUAAAACAAUACAAUGGCUAAAAACUAAAACUAAAAAUUCCAGGAAAGUUUUACUUUUAAAAGCUAGAAAAAGUGCUAAAUCUUUAAAGUCAAAAGAAAUUGCAUAUGAAAAGAGUGUUAUGGAAGCUAGGAAAACACAUUUACAGCAAAUAAAGAAGAAAAAACAACAGCUUGAACAAAAGAAAAAGAUGGAAAUAAACAAAAUUGAACUAAAUGUGAGGCUAAUGGGUGGUAUAGUGCGAUCUAGGAAGGAUGUUGACUGUCUUUUACAAUCGUCUAAAACAAUCAGAUUAAAGAAAGAAAAACUCAGAAAUCAGUUACUUUAUUGUAAACAAUUUAUGAAUUUAGAUGUUGAUAAAAAAGACAUAAUGUGGAAAAACACUGUUAACCAAAUGAAAGAUGUUUUAACACUAACUUUGAAAAUUGACGAACAGAAAGUUUUAGAAAAAGGGAUAUGGGUUGCAGUAUCCUACGAGGAUAAUUGGUAUCCAGGGGAAAUUAUUGAUAUAAUUGACAAUGCAUACACUGUAAAGUUUUUAAAACGAAAAAGUAUGAGAGGAAAUACUUUUAUUUGGCCAAACAAAGACGAUAUAGAUAGUAUUAAUGACAAAUUUAUAAUUUAUUCUGAUUUUGAAAUAAUGCCCUCUCUGGGGCUUAGACAUUGGCUCAUUCCCGACAUGGAUGAAAUUGAAGUAUUGCAUAAACAAUUUGUGGAAAAAUACUUUGAAAAUUGUUAAUCUGUUCUGAAAAUGUUUAUUUUCAAUGUUACAUGUAACUGUUAAUUGCUAUUUUAUCUUGUUACUUAAAUUAUUACAUAUUCCACUGUUUUAUAUCAUUUUUGGCCAAACCAACCUUUUAAAGAUUCACAUUACCAUGACUGCAGACAUAUUUGAAAUAAACACAUUUGGUUGUUUUUCCCUGAAAGGAUACACCAUAUACAUUUUAGAAAUUACAUGGUCUUCCUUUAAAAAAACAUUGAAACAAAACAGUAAUUUUUUAAUUUUAAAGUAUCCAAUAUAUUUUGUGGAAAGUUGUAGUUAAUUGUUGCCAUGGUAAUUGACUAAUUAAGGAUAACAAAACUAUCAUGUCCUGACCAGUAAAUAUAUCUUUAACAUUGAUAAAAGAAAAAGCAUGCCAAAAAGUCUCAGAAAACAAAUGUGUGCAAAGAUAAUUUGGAAAUUGAAUAUUUAACAGGUUGUACGAUGGUUGCUUCAAAUUAGAUCAUUGAAAAAAAUGGUUACCAUGGUAACAAAACUCAAAUUUCCACUUAAGAUAUUGCAAUUUUGACAAUGCCAAAUGAAAGAGCAUGCCAAAUUACCCUGGUAGCCAAAUUUGUAAGGAGGUAAUGCAAAUAGUAAAGGAAUUACAGCCAAUUCAAGAGAAAAAAUGCUGGACUCUGUCGUUUCUGCAGUUCGGACACGUUUCCGAGGGUGCUUGAAGACCUAUUUGUGGUGUUUAUAUUUUUGGAAACUUUGGGUUUAUGUAACUAGUAAAGACCAUACCAGUCUAAUAUAUCCCUAAUUAGAAGAUUUAGAGAUUAUUUAGGUUUUGUUAGCAACAAAUGUGGAGAUAAAAGCCUCUAAAAUUAGAGAUUUUAUCAUUUUUGUAUCAAAUAUAGCAAAAGUGGCAGAAAAUAUCGCUAUUUUUUAAAUUUGUUUUGGUCAUAACUUUUGAACCGCUAAAGGUAUCUUCAUAUUUUAAACACCAUUUUCUUUGUUUUUAUGAGCUCUGUAAGUUAAAAGCAUUUAUAUUAUGGAAGGAAUGUGUUAAAAAAAUCAUGUGUCAUACCUA